AUGCUGUAUAGCAAAAAUGCGAACGAUCUUUCCCUACUGAUGUGGCAGCCGGCACGGUUCGUAUUCCUGAUAGGUCUCAUGGUCUGCUUCAAGUACCUUCUCCCGGCCCUUGUGGCUCUCGCCCUCCCAGCAACAACCCUUGCCUGGGGCUUCCCAUCAUUCGAAUUAUACCGACAACCAGCAGCACUCUCACAGGACCCCCUAGAGGCCCCCGGGUGCGAUGGCUCCGGUAUUGUCGACCCGGACGGCCGCUGCAAUGGAGAUGGCCUCGUAGAUCCGCCUCCCGACCGCAAGAACCGAGAAGGAUUCCGGUUCGAAAACCCUUCCACCGACUGCAAGUAUGUCUCGCAGAUGCACAUCUGGGACUCCUUCAAGGAUCUCGAAAAGGACAUGAACAAGCUCUUCACCCUGAUCCACAAGAAUGUGAGCUUCACCGUGGUCGGACACCACCCCAUCGCCGGCCACUACCCGGAUCUGCUGCAUUUCUAUGUCAAUGCGCUGCGCCGCGUGAGUGUGCUGUUCUUCGACCAUGCAGACAAAUUCGAGAUCCACCCGCAGGCCAUCCAUGGCGGCUGCAAUGAGCGAUGGUCCGUCCAGGAGGUCAAUUUCAAGGGAAUCAUGAAUUCAGGAGACGACUUUGACAUCGUCAAUGUCUGGGUGACUCGAUGGCACGAGGGGCAGAUGGUGGAGAUCCGCACGUACAUCGACUCGGCUCGCAUCAUGGAGGCCCUGCACAAGAACGAGAUCUGGUGGAAUGGAACCACUUUCCGAGAGAACUCUCACUAUAUGCCUGGUCCUGCCGGAAUGCCGGAUUUGAAGAUGUUGGAAGAUCUCCUGGGAUACCCUGAUGGCCGGAAAUAUGAAGAUUGA